AUGGCACCAUUAGAUCCUUCACAAGAUCCCAUUUCACCUUAUUACCUUCAUCCUUCUGGCAAUCCUGGCAUAAAAUUGGUCUCAGAAAAGUUUGAUGGAUCUGGGUGCAAUAGUAUGAUGAUAUCUUGGAUUUUGGGUGUAUUGGUUCAAAAUUUGGCAAGAAGUGUGUUAUAUUUUAACACAGCAAGAGAGAUCUGGGUGAAUCUUGAAGAAAGUUUUGGUGCUUCUUUUGGCACAGUUCUGUAUGCUUUGCAGCAAUCUAUGGAUCACAUUGAGCAAGGUAAUGAUGAUCUUUCAACUUUUUGUACAAAGAAUAAGAGGUUAUGGGAUGAUGAGUUAGAUCCUCUUCCUAUAUGUUCUUGUGAUAAUUGUACAUGCACAAUCACACAAAAACUCUUGAAACUACUAAUGCAGGAAGAAAAACAUAAGUUGUUGAACAAUAGUAGAGUAGAAUUAGAAGCUAUGGCAUUUGCUGUUAAUAGAAGAAAUUAUAAUGAAGGGUAUAACAACUUUGAUAAGAAUAGGCAACAACAAAGUUUUCAUGGUGGUUUUGGAGGUCAGAGGCAAAAUUCUUACCCUGAUCACAAUAGGAAGAUCAAUUACUACUGUGAUUUCUGCAAGAUACCAGGCCAUAGUAUUCAGAGGUGCAGAAAAGUGAAUGCUCAGAAUACUAAUACAAGCUUCAAGAAUAAUUAUAGGGGAAAACAAUUUGCCAGAGCAGUUCAUGGUGAUGGUGAGGAAAAUACAAGUAAUGCUGAUGUGCAGAACACUAUCACAGUUGAGCAAUAUCAACAGAUCAUGGAAGUUUUGAGCAGAAAUUCACAAGUUCAUAUGAAUAGUGUAAAGUUCAAGUUUUUCAUCUUAAAAAAAUGGAGAAUGUAUAUUAUUUAUGAAAGAAAACCAAGUGUAUUCCUUUCAUAUAUACCUUCAAAGAUAUGCUUAAGUUAA